CACCGCUUUUUGCAUCACACGCAAAACAGCUCAAGCUCUCGCAGCACGAGAGCAGUCACAGCAACCGCACGUCCUCGCUCUAGCAGUACCGCGCACGAACGCGCCGCACACGACGCGCACGCACCAAAAAGCACCAUGACAGCAAAAGACGACACCGUAGCGUCCAAGGCUGAAGAAGAAUUCGUCCUCCUCGGCGACCCCGAGAAGACCACAGCACUCCCGGACCUGCCCAGGACCCCUGAACCGGCAGACAAGCAAGUCAAGACCAUUGUCGCGGAGACGCUGCCGCCGCGCGUCCACGCAAACAAGCAAGACAAGACCGUCGAGGCAGACAAGACCGUCGAGGCGACGCACGCGGUCGCGUUCGAGGCAGCUCUGAAGGAAGCCGCACCGGACGCGCCUCCCACCAUCGGCGACGCGGCGGCCGCGCUCAAGGACGCGACGCUCCGCGAGCUCGGCGCGGCCCGCGAGAAGGCGUCGACCAAGAUCAAGGCCGCGGCGCGGGCCGCGCGGCGGAACGCGCCGGCGUGGCGCCGCGUCGGCUAUUGGACGCUCGGCCUACUCGCGCUCGCUGUUGUCUUCACCAGCGGCUUCUUCCUCGGCGACCGACGAAGCCGCGUCGCCUCCGCACCGACUCAAGUGUCCGAGGCUACUACGCCGGCCGCAGACGCGCCGGUGGCCGAAACGGUCAAGUCGACCCCGCCGACCACGUCGACCGGAUCUCCGACGUGCCGCGCGCGUCCGUCGGUCGACUCGCUCUUCGACGGCGUGGUCAACGAGAUCCUCGGCCUGCGGUCGCAGCCGCGCCCGCGCCGCGCGGAGCCGCUCGACGCGUUCGUCCGUCGGAUGCUCGCGCCGGCGCCGCGUGUGCUACCGACCAUGGACGUCUCCUUCGGCUGGCCUGGGCUCGAGCUCACCGUGCCGUUCCUGCGGCGCGAGGCCGAGCAGCAGCGGCGCCUCGACGCCGCCGUCGCCGCGCGUCACCAAGCCGCGAACGUCCAGCGGAGACGCCUCGAAGAACAGCGGCGCCUUGAACACGCGCGGCACGAGGCUGCCCACAACAGACAGGCCCUCGAAGAACAGCGGCGCCUCGAACGCGCGCGGCACGAGGCCGCCCGCAGACAGGCCCAGAAGGCGGCCGCGGUCAAAGACCUCGAGGAACGGUUGGCAAAGGCCGAAGCCGCCCGCGAGGAGCGACUCCGCCUCGCAGAGCAGCGGACGACCGAGCCGAUGCCUGUCGCUGACACCGACGUCGUAGAGACGAACGCGGUCGACGCGGAGCCGGCCGUCGAGCCGACGCCGGCACCGACGCGGCCCGCGCGCGACGCCCUCCGCGAGCUCUCGAUCAAGCAACUGCGGAACAUCCUCGCGUCACGCGGCGGCGCGUGCACGACGUGCAAGGAGAAGGAUGAUCUCGUCGCAGCAGUGAUCAAAGUCCUCGACGACUGA